AUGCAGAACCGCGGCCACUUCCAGAAGGGCAAGAAGUCCCCCUUCCCGCAGCACAUCUCGUCCGGCGAUGCCGGCGUGCUGGUCACCUGCGUGCGCGGGCGCGAGCGCCGGUGCGCCCAUGAGGCCAUCCAGAUCUUCGAGGAGAUCUCCACCGAGCUGGGCCUCUGGCCCCUGAAGACCGAGCCGGCGGCCGGCACCGAUGCCGAGGCGACCACCGUCGGCCCCGAUGCCGACGCCGAUGCCGGCUCCGGCUCCGGCUCCGGCUCCGACUCCGAGCCCGACGCCAAGCCCCCGACCGACGCGGCCCCGGCCAAGACCGACGACUUCAUGGACUCCUUCAUGGCCGAGCUGGCCGAGCUCCAGGGGGUGGUCAAGGCCAAGACCGAUCCGAAUGACAAGCGCCCGGCCGCUCGGGCCCCCACAAACUCCUACUCCAAGUUCGUUUUCAUCGAGCUCGGCAUGCCGUGCCUGCUGUUUGUGCGCUUCCCGCGCGGCAUCGACCCUGUCCCGGUCGCCACGGCCCUGCUGCGGGAUGUCGCCGCCACCGGCCGCUCCCGGACCCAGACCAUGCAGCGCAUUCUGCCCAUCCAGUGCUUUGGCCGUGCCGACCCGGAAGAGGUCAUCCCCCUGGCGCAGAAGAUCCUGUCGCCAGCCUUCCACGUGCAGGACACGUCGGACGGCACGCCGAAGAUCCACCCCAAGAGCUUUUCGGUGGUCUACAACGCGCGCAACUGCCAUGUCUUCAGUCGCACGACUCUGCUGCCGCAGCUGGCCGGCUUCGUCGGGCCGCCGCACCGCGUCGAGCUCAAGCGCUCGGAGUAUGUCAUCGUGGCCGAAGCCAUCAAGGGCCACUUCGGCCUGGCCGUGGUCAAGGACUAUUACGAUCUGAAGAAGUUCAACCUGUCGGAAUUGGUGCGCGUCGACUUGCCCUCGGCCGGUGGGCCCGCGGCCGCCAAGGACUCGAAGCGCCCGCGUGAUGAGGUCACCACCGAGGACGCCAACCCGGCCAAGAAGGGCCGCCCGCAGGAUGUGCCUGCCAUCGCUGUCGCCGGCUCCGAUGGGACGCCUGUCCAAGUCGCGACCCCUGAUGUCCCGCAGGCAGAGGCGAUCGUCAACUCGACCGAGCCCGCCACCGCUCCGGCCGAGCCCGCCACCGCUCCGGCCGAUCCUGGUCUCACUCUGGAGGAGGGGACCGCCUGAUGUCAAUCUCUUCCGUCUCGCCCGGCCCCCCCCCC